AAUAUACUUUCCUACAUUACUAACAGCUUUCUGCCAGCAGCUGUGCGCAAUUUACUCGGCGGGAUUUUUCUUUGUUAUUUACAUACUUACUUAACGGGCAAAUUAAUGUCCUGGUUUGGACAAGACAGGUUGAGAGUUUCCGAACCCUUGCUUAGGGGUGCACUCAACGGUACAAAUCCGUCUUGAUUUUCAGCCACCUGAAGAGCUCAAGCGCGUGCUCUGCCGACCACUUCUUGUGGACGAAAGGGUCAUCUUCAAUCGGUUUGGGUAGUGGCAACGAUAGUAACUCUGCGCGGCGGGCGGCUUUCCGUUGAAAGGGAAUGCGUGAAGCGAGUGAAUGGCCCAUCCCGAAGGAUGUGAUUAUCCCGAAAAACUCUCAGCACACCCCGAUGAUGACAGUUUUCUUUUACCAUGCUCUCUAUUUCUUGGGGAACAGCGAAUUUAGCAGAAAAAGCACCAGAACUGUUAAAUUUUAGAGGCAAGACUAUAGCUUUUGCUAGAAAUUUUAGUGUUCAGCUUAAUUAUAUUUCAUUGGCGUGCAUAUAUCGUAAUGUGACGUGUUUCAGUGUUUGUGCACGCCAAUGGUAAAUGUUAACCUAGUUUUGGAACAAAAAUUGUAAUUGAGAAUUUUGGGUUAAUGCCAUUGCUAUAUGAGUGUAAAGGUACAAUUACAAUUUGUACUUCCUUUCUAUUGCAGUUAGGGAGCAAUAGAAUAAUUGGGUGUGAACGUUUUUGAUAUGAAAUUUCAAAAAUGAGUUCAUCGUAGUCGGUAAAACAGUUACCUUCCCGGUCGGUGCACAAUGAACACCUCCCCAUGAGUCGUGCACCGCAACGAUCUCAAAAUUAGUAUUAAAUUUCAAUUAAAAAAACAACUAUAGUAAUAUUAAAUAAUGAUUUUAUUAGAAAUAAAUAAUAGGGUAGUCGAGGAAACUUUAACGGUUAAGAUAAAAAACGCACAAGCUGGGGUAAAAAAUGAGUAUAUCGAUAUUACCAUUGCGGAUUUUGAUGGAGUAUUAUACCACAUUUCAAAUCUUAACUCGGAUAAAACAAAAGUGAGGAUAAGUAUUUCGUUAAAGUUUUACAAGGAACUGCAAGAGCACGGUGCCGAUGAGCUGCUGAAACGAGUAUACGGACCGCUACUUAUCUCACCGGAGGACGGUUACAAUGUGUCUGUGCUAAUGGAUCUAGAGAACAUUCCAAACGAUUGGCCGUCAUUAGUCAAGAAGAUCGGACUGUUGAAAAGGAACUGUUUUGCGUCUGUCUUUGAGAAGUAUUUUGAUUUUCAAGAGCGGGGCGACGAGGGUCAGUCGAGGGCAGUUAUUCAUUACAGAACAGAUGAGACUUUGUACGUCGAAGCCAAAGCCGAUCGUGUGACGGUCGUAUUUUCGACACGGUUUCGUGAUGAGGACGACGUGGUCAUCGGGAAGGUGUUCAUGCAGGAGCUAAAGGAGGGGCUGAGGGCGUCGCAUACCGCUCCUCCCGUGCUGUUCAGUCAUCGAGAGCCCCCAUUAGAGUUGCAGAAUACGGACGCGGUGGUGGACAAUAAAGUUGGUUACGUUACGUUUGUGCUCUUUCCGAGGCAUACUGCUAGAAAUACGCGCGACAACACCAUUAAUUUGAUACACAUGUUUAGACAUUAUUUGCAUUACCAUAUUAAAUGUUCCAAGGCGUACAUUCACAGUCGGAUGAGGGCCAAAACUUCCGAGUUCCUUAAGGUGCUGAAUCGUGCACGGCCCGAGAAUAAAUCCAGUGAUAAAAAGACGAUUACUGGGAGAACGUUCAUUCGAAGAGAUUGAUGAGUAGGUGCCAGCUCAAAGUCUAAUUAACAAUGUUAAUUACCGAAGUUCAAAGUAAGCCUGUGUGCAUUUGACCAUUGUACUGUUUUAAUUACUUUUUAUAUUGUUUUAUCAUGUAUCGAAUGUUAACUAAUAUACGAUUUUAAUUCA